UGCAAUCAUUUGUUACAAACUCAUAGGCAAUGCCAGUACGCCCCACAGGCGCACGAACAUCAAAUAACAAGUUAAAUAUAUCAUUGGUGCUGCUGCUGCUAUUCCUUUUUCCUGUUCAAGUCACAGCCGAGCCCGAAAACUGCUCCUUUAUCGACGGCUUAAUACUGCAGCACGACUGUCGCGGCACAAUUGAUCGCGAACUCCGCUUGUCGUAUAAGGAUCACCAUCUGGCUAUUGACACGCCCUAUGCCAUUUGGAAGCGUGAGGAUUACAUGGGCACCCAUAUGCUACUUAUCGUAUUCUAUGAGACUCCGCUAUUCAGUUGCUAUAAUCUGGUGUUCUCCAACGAACAGUUUUAUUGCAACGGCCAAAAUGCUGCCAUGGAGCUGGAAAGGCCAUAUUUUUUUCAUUGCUUGCCUUUUUCAUUUAGCUAUGUGGACGAUUUGUUUCGAAAGUGUGAACAGAGUUCUGAUCAGCUGCUGACACAGCAACAACCUUGGCUCCUUCGCAUUUGGCAGGAUCACGAAUCUGGCCAGACACAUCGACAACUGUUGACACAGCAACAACCUUGGCUCCUUCGCAGUGGGCAUGACCACGAUACUGGACUGGGACCAGUAUGA